AUUGUAGUCAUUUUCAAUAACCUUAUGAAAACAAAUGAAAACUUUAUACUACUAAUAAUAAUAUACUCCCAAAACAUUUGGAUCUUUUUACCAAAAUCAUCCAUUUUUUCUAAACACUUAAUAACAAAUUAAACAAAACUAUCAUUAACGUAACGUCUCUCCAAAGAUUCACAAAACCCCAAACUAAAUAAAACUCUAAUCCACUGUUCUACCUUUUUAUGUUUCUUUGCCCCAAUUCUUUCACCGACCCCACUCUUCACUGCUACACUCUCCCUUUUUUCUUCCUGUUCUUGGAGUUUUUUUUUUGCCGGAAAUUUACUCAACAAGUGUCGAAUUUUUCUGGGUUUUCUCUGAAUUUAAGAUUACAGCAGAAUUUAGGAUAAUUUCCCUCAAUUUUUUGGCGGAAAAAAGCUGAUUUAAGGGUUGGAAAUGCUAAAUCUGCUUCAAUUUUCAUCUGGGUUUCUUAAAUCUUCGUGAAAUUUCAACAAUUUUUGCUGAAUUUGUGGUUUUUGGUCUUCAAUUUUACAAUGUGAGCUGGGGUUUUUCUUAAAUUUUUUUAGAUGAUAAUGGUGGCUGCCAUUUCUGAAUUUGGUACUCCUAGAAACCCAGCAAAUUCUCGGCCGCCAUUGUUGCAGCAGGAGAGAGAAAAUGGUGUUCAUCAACAGCAGCAACAACAACAACAACAACCCAGAAGGCUCAGACCCAGAGAAGUUCCUUCAAGGUAUAUGUCAAUUUCUUCUUCUUCUGCAAAUAGUAGCACAACAACUAGUACAACUACCACUAAUUCAACUUCAAGUACUUCAACUUCUUCUUCAAUUUCUAGAAGAUUUCCUUCACCUGUAAUAGCUAGAAACAAUAGAACUCCGGUGACGCCGAAGCGGUCGCAAUCUGUGGACCGGAGGCGAUCUGGGACUGUUAAACCUACUCCUGUUGCCAAUGCUAGUGAAAUUUCAGCUGCCACUAAGCUUUUGGUCACUUCAACUAGGAGUUUAUCUGUCUCUUUUCAAGGGGAAUCGUUUUCGCUUCCGAUUAGUAAGACUAAGGCUGUUAAUCAGGGUAAUGGGAAUAGUAAUAGUGCUAGGAAGGCUACACCUGAGAGGAGGAGAGGUACUCCUGUAAAGGGGAAGGUUGAUGGAGGUGGAGAUCAGGUUGAUAACUCGAACUCGAAUUCUAAGCCUGGUGAUCAGCAUCGAUGGCCUGCUCGAAACCGGGAAUUGAAUAUGUUGUCCAGGAGUUUAGACUGUUCUAAUAAUGAGAGUAAGGAGUAUCUUGGAUCUAGUGUUGUGGCUAGGGCAUUGAAGGAUUCUUUUCUUGAUGAGAGUAGAAGGGCGUCGUUUGAUGGGAUAUUGAACCUUGACUCGAGUAAUGGUGAUGUUUUGAAUGGGAUUAGGGGUGCUAUGGAUGAGAAUUCUGUGAAUGAUUCUUCUGUUCCGUCUGAUCUUACAGCUUCGGAUACUGACAGUGUUUCUUCUGGUAGCACUUCUGGAGCACAGGAUGUUAAUAAUGGGUCUCAUGGGCGUAGUGUGCCUCGUGGUAUUGUAGUCUCGGCAAGGUUCUGGCAGGAGACUAAUAUGAGGUUAAGGAGACUACAGGAUCCUGGGUUGGGGUUGUCACCAAGUCCUACAUCAAAGUUUUCUGCCCCUCCGAAAUUAAGCCAGUCAAAAAAGUUCAGUGAUGGGCCUAUGUCAUCUCCCAGGGCAAUGUCAUCACCUAUUCGAGGAGCUGUCAGAGCAGCUUCUCCUAGUAAGCUUAUGAACACACCAGUAUCUUCACCAAUGAGGGGAGUUAGUCCAUCUCGGGUGAGAAGUUCCAUUGGUAGCUCUGUCGGUUGUAGUCCGUGGGAUACACCAUCUGUUCUAAGCUUUGCAGUUGAUGUUCGAAGAGGAAAGGUUGGGGAGAAUCGAAUUGUUGAUGCCCAUCAGUUGAGACUUCUUUAUAACAGACAAUUACAAUGGCGGUUUGUAAAUGCCAGAGCAGACGAUGCCUUGUCAGUGCAAAGACAGAAUGCUGAGAAAAAUUUGUGGAAUGCGUGGAUAGCAAUAACUGCUUUACGCGACUCUGUCAGACAUAAAAGAACACAAGUACAACUACUGAGGCAAAAAUUGAAGCUCAGCUCCAUCCUUCGGGGACAAAUGGCGUAUUUGGAAGAGUGGUCCCUUCUGGAUAAAGACCAUACCAAUUCCUUACUAGGAGCUAUUGAGGCAUUAAAGGCUAGCACCCUCCGUCUUCCAGUAGUUGGGGGAGCAACUGUUGAUAUUCGGAGUGUAAAGGAAGCUGUUGGUUCAGCUGUCGAUGUAAUGCAGUCCAUGGCUUCUUCAACGUGUUCUCUUCUGACUAAGGUGGAGGAAGUGAAUUCAUUGGUGGCUGAACUGUCAAAUAUUGCUACAAAAGAAAGGGUCUUACUUGAAAAAAAGCAAGGAGUAUUGUCCAUGUUAGCUGCCAUGCAGGUCAAAGAUUGUAGCUUGAGGACGCAUACAUUACAGCUUAACCGCUCACAAUUAGCCUGACAACACAUCUGUAGUACUAAUCCUGGAUUGACAAUUGAUUUUUAAAACAACCCGCUAACACACACACGGACGGCUUCUUUGAUGGUAGUCAGAAGCAGCAACUGGAGAUAAGGGACGGAUAACUUUAGAUUGGCUAUCAUGAUUGGCAUAUUUUUUUUUUAUCUGCUCAGUCAUGUUUCAUGUCUUUUAGAAGCAGUAUCUCCAGUAGCGAUAUCUUCCUUAAUGUAAUCAGUUGUAUCCACGGUUGCUUUUCUUAUCUUUUACAUUUGUGGAUGGGUGAAAGAUGGUGUAUGUAAAUAGUGUAAUUUCUGAGUCA